CCAGCACCGAUGCGCCGCACAGCCUACGCUUGGCUGGUGCUCGCCGCGGGCGCAGUCCACGCGCACAAGGGCCACCACCACGCCGACGACGACGGACCUUUCCAGCUAAGCCUCGUCGCGAAGAACGCGUACGGCGUGGAAGACUGCGUCGCCGGCUGCGUCGUCGAGCCGUACCGCGAGACGGUACUCGUCGUGACACGCUCCGACGCGGAUCAUGAGGCGCAGCUCGACGCCGCGGCGAACACCUUACAAAUCGCGUCUGAGCUCGCGGCCAUCGCGCACUCGCUGGGCCAGGCGCCGCCGGCCGACCGCGCGGCGUGGUUAAAGGAAGAGCGCGCCCGGCUCGAAGCGACGCUCGCAGAAGCCGAGGCGGCGGAGCGCGGCCACGACCACGAUACUUACUCCCUCAAACUCCAGCGGGCGCCGGACGCGGACCAGGGGCACGCGCACGACGGGGGCGACGGGCACUCGCACCACUGCCACGGCGGCGACUGCCACGCGCACCACGCGCACGGCGAGUCUGAUGCGCACGACCACGGUGGCGCCGCGGACCACGCCCACGGCGACGCCGGACACGCGCACCACGCCCACGGCGAGGCCCACGCUCACGACCACGGCGCGCCCGAGAGUCACGAGCACGACCACGGCGCGCCCGACAGUCACGAGCACGACCACGGCGCGCCCGAGAGUCACGGGCACGACCACAGCGCACCCGAGAGUCACGAGCACGACCAUGGCGCGAGUGAGGCCCACGGGCACGACCACGGCGCGCCCGAGGCUCAUGCACACGACCACGGCGCGCCCGAGAGUCAUGAGCACGACCACGGCGCGCCCGAAGCCCACGGACACGACCACGGGCACGAGGAGCAAUGCGAGCAACCGAUCGAGCUCGGCGCCGGCCGCCGCGUCGUCGUGGGCAACGCCACGUUAACGGAGCCCGGCGCCUACACGCUCGCCGUCGAAACCAAGGGAGGCAAGGCCAUAUUUCAGGUCGACGUGCGGCACGCGCGGCGCGCGGCGACGGCGCUCACGCCCGCCGACCGGUCGCGGUUCCUCCAAGCCAUUGUGAAGUUGUACGAGACGCCGGCGGCGCGGGGGCGCCAAAAGUACGGUCCCGCCUUCCGGAGCAUGGACGAGCUCUGGGCCGCGCACGCGCUCCUCGGCGCCGACGGCGAGGACCACGACCUCCUCGCGGGGAAGGUCGGCGCGGACGCGGCCGCGGACCUCGUCGAGAAGUCUAAACCUCUAAGGGUACCAAGCGAGGUGCGAGACGUCGGCGGCCACCGGCUGGAGGUCAAGGGCGAUCAAACGGAUUGGGAGACCUUCGGCCAGCGCUUCGUCGGCCAGGCUCUUGGUUUGGAGCGGCGCGCGGCGCUCGGCUUCGACGGCGAGGUCAAGAAGCCGGCCGCGGCGCUCCAGGCGACGGGCCUCUCGCGGACGCAUUCUACGUUAGAUUCCAACUUCGCGGCCUUUGGCGCUUUGUUGGAGGCCGCCGUGCAGAGCGUCGACCCGUCCGUGGCGGUGCCCUUCUGGGCCGCGGAACAGGCGACGGAGGGCGUGCCCACGAAGACGUGGACCGAGGCCUUCGCCGCCGACGCUUCUAGGAAACUGCUCGGGCAGGCCGACGCGACCGCGCGCGUGCGCGUCGAAGGCCGGUGGGCCUACAUGCCCGUCCUGACGAAGGACGCGCCACAGGACGCGUCGAAGCCGGACGGCGCGCGCCGAUACGAGGGCUACGCCGUGCCCCUCAUGGUCGCCGAGGACGCCGCCGCCGCGGCCUCGCAGUACGAGACGCCCCACGAGCUGCCGCCCGUGGCGACGGACCACCACCACGAGCACGGCCACGGCCACGGCGAGCACCUUUUCCACGCGCACGGCGGCGCGGCGCACAUGCACUAGUUGUUUCCUUCGUUCGUGUUUGCG